AUGCCUGAUAACACAAUCACGGAGCAGUACUGGCGCUUGCCGCCCAUCUCUCGUACUUUGGCUACGUGGAUGUUUGCCAGUUCGGUCGGUCUAUACUUUGGAUUCAUUCCGAGCCAAUGGCUGGGAUGGCACCCUGCAUAUCUCCUGCGGUUCCCGCCGCAAAUAUGGCGCCUCGCGACAGGCUUCCUUAUCACAGGACCCCAGCUUGGCCUCCUGAUGGACACGUACUUUUUCUACAAGGCGGCCAGCGACAUGGAGACGGGCCACCCGCGGAUGCGACGCAAAGAGGACUUUAUCUGGUAUCUCAUUUGCGUAUGCAGCUUCAUUGCAAUCAUUGAUUACUUUGUCGCCAUCAUGCCCUUCUUUGCGCUGACGCGCGCACUCAUUGUCGCGCUGACUUAUACCGCCACACAACAGCAGCAGGGCCUGCAGGUCAACUACAUGUUUGUUCCCGUGCCUGCGCCGUUGAUGCCAUAUGCCAUGAUUGGCAUCAGCCUACUGUUUCCUGGCGGCAUCCAAGACUUUUUUCUCGGUCUUUACGGCCUCGUGGCUGCCCACAUGUUUGAGUUCCUCACCAGAAUCUAUCCUCAGCUUGGUGGUGGGCCCAACCUUCUCAAGACGCCGAAGUUUAUGACUCGUCUCGUGAGGGCUGUAGAGGGUCGCAUCUCAGCCAUCUCUCGUCCUGGUUUCACGGCCCCUAGUGACGACGCCUCGGGUACCAGCACUGGCGCCGAGUCCGGCCCGCUCCCGGACGCCUGGAGGACGAGAGGUACUGGGCGCCGCCUUGGUUAA